AUGAUGUAUGUGUCGGGCGAGACGGGAGAACCCUCGGUUGAGACAACAGGCAUCAUCGAAGAUAUCGUUCGCCAGCAGGUCAUCGAGAUCCUCAGAAACUGCACCGAAUUGGCGGCACGCCGCGGAUCGCGUUCCAUCACAAUCAACGACCUGAUCUUCCAGAUUCGGGACGACGCUCCCAAAGUAUCGCGUUUGCGCACAUUCCUCUCCUGGAAAGACGUGCGCAAAAACGUCAAAGACUCGGACGACAAGGGCGGCGAAGCGGACCUGGGCGCCGCAGAGGAUCCCGUUGGCGGCGUCGUCGCCGGCGGACCGGUAGACGACACGGCAAAGAAGAACAAGAAGGCCAAGGUGGGGCUUCCCUGGGAACCGGCCUCGUUCUACGGGGUCGAAGUGCCGGAGCGGGAGGAUGAGGAGGACGAGGAAGAGGAGGAGAUGAACCACAUCACGCUCCAGCGACUGCGCAAGGCCGACGAGCGCACCAAGGCCAUGACGAAGGAGGAGUACGUGACCUGGUCCGAGUACCGCCAGGCAUCCUUCACCUAUCGCAAGGGCAAGAGGUUCCGCGAGUGGGCGGGGUUCGGCAUCGUGACCGACAGCAAGCCGUCCGACGACAUUGUCGACAUACUCGGCUUCCUGACCUUCGAGAUGGUGCAGACCCUGACCGAGGAGGCGCUCAAGAUCAAGGAGAACGAGGACCAGUACCGCGAGCGCACGGGCGAGAAUGCCGGCAAGAAGCGCAAGCUGCCCGGAGGCGGUGGCCUGUUCGACCCGCCCGGCGAGGGCCGCACCCCGGUCGAGCCGCGCCACAUCCAGGAGGCCUUCCGCCGGCUCCAGCAGCGGCCCAAGAAGUCGAGGGCCAUGCUCAACGGCACGAGGCUGCAGCAGCGGACGGCGCUCAAGUUGAUUUAG